AAGUGGUUAGCUAGUUAUUUAUUCAACUGUCGUCAUAGAGAAUAAUUAAUUGAAGAAGUGUUCGUAGUCGCUUCAACCGGUUUGUAAAUCCUCCUUCAAGGUUUUAUUUUAAGUUUCUUUCAAAGAAUAUUUAAAAUUAUUACAUUAAUUAUACUAAUCCCAAAUUCAUCAUUUUCGACCAUACUGUCUGUAACUCGUCUGGUUAUAAACUGACUGCUACUUAAUAAGUUUUUGAGUGUGUUUAUUAUAAUCAAGUUAUGUUUUCUGGCGUGUUACUGUUCACAUCACUAGUGAUUAUUUUCGGCUUGCUAUAUAUAAAAUGGAGACAAGUGAGCAGAUACUGGUCUGACCGAGGCGUUUUUUAUUUGGCACCGAAUCCCUUUCUAGGAAGUCUUAAUUUCCUUCUGAGAGAAAAUGCGGCUUUGUGGGUUAUUCGUAUGUAUGAGCAAUGUCGAAGACCGUAUAUGGGUAUAUGGCUGAUAUGGAAACCAGCCCUUCUGAUAAAUUGUCCGAACUUGGCGCGAAAAAUUUUAAAUCAAGAUUUCGUUAACUUCAGGGACCGUCAUAUAAGCUCCGGAACCACGGACCCCGUCGGAAGCUUAAAUUUAUUUACCGUUAAAGAUCCUCUAUGGAGUAACAUUCGAUCAAAGAUAACUGGAAUAUUUACAAAUGCCAAGUUGAAAAGCCAUCAGGAUUAUACACGAAGCAAAGCCAAGGAAUUAGUCCAAAGAAUUCAAAACGACGGAUACACUGUCUUACAUCUCAAGGAUUUGAUGGUCGACUAUACAACAGAUGUGAUCGGAACAUUUGCUUUUGGUGUGGAUAGUAAAGCAACGCUCACAGGCGAGGGGCCGCUGAGAGACAUCACUAGAGAUUUUAUCAAAUUAUCUUUGUACCGAGGAUUAUCAAUGUUCUCUAUAUUCUUUUGGCCUGAAGUUACUGAUAUUUUCAGAUCGAAGUUCUUUCCAAGAUCAUCAACGAAAUAUUUUUGUGAAGUGAUCGAUCGUAUAAUGACUCAUCGCAAGAAAGAGAACAUCAGAAGAAAUGACCUUAUUGAUUGUUUGAUCAAAAUUGAGAGAGAGAGUGAAGAAAAUAAUGAGAAAUUACCUAACGGUAUGAUAGCGGCUCAGGCAGCCAUUCUUCUUCUUGGUGGAUUUGAUACAUCAGCUAUGACCCUUACAUAUGCUAUUUAUGAGAUCGCUCACUGUCCCGAUAUACAGGAAAAGUUAUAUCGAGAACUUUUAAAAGCAAAGGAACGUUACGGCAAUGAAGACUUUGACAUGCAGACAUUAGGAGAAAUGACUUACAUGAACUGCGUUAUACAAGAAACACUUCGGAAAUAUGCUGCCAUGACCUGGUUGGACAGGAUAGCGCAGUCUGAUUAUAAAAUCGACGACACGCUGACCAUCCAAGGCGGUACCCCUGUGUAUAUCAACAUACUCGGCAUGCACUAUGACCCCGAAUACUUCCCAGACCCAUAUACAUUUAAUCCCGACAGAUUCUUACCAGAGAAUAAUACCAACAUAAAACCUUACACGUUCAUGCCCUUCGGAGAGGGACCCAGAAGUUGUAUUGGUAAAAGGUUCGGAUACAUGACGAUGCGUACCGCUUUGGCUGCGUUGUUUCUAAACUACGAAAUAUUCCCUUUACCCAACACGCCUACCCCCGCCCAGACUAAGAUUGACCCGUAUAGCAUGUUCUAUACUCCUGGAGAAAAACUUCGUGUAGAAUUUGUUCCUAGAAACAAGUAAAAAUUAUUUAGUUAGGCUGAUAUAAGUUAAUUCGUUCACAAUUGUUUGCUUAUAAAACAAUACUUUUUGUUAAUAUUUUUGUAAUAGUGACAAUUGAAUCUAAUAGCACAGACGAAUUUUAUAAAAAAAAAAAUUAUAACAAUUGUAUCAUAUAUAUUAACAAUUGUUGUUUAAGUAUGAAAAUUAUACUUUCAUCUCAUCCUAACAUACAUAAAAUAAAUAAAGUAACGACCUUCAGAGU